CCUACCCGAUCAUAGCCUGAUCUGGCGAUCGGUCUCUAAUGAUGUACCCGCUCUUUUCGUUCUCUCUCCUCAUAUUAUCCCUUGUAGCGGGCACUACUCGCUCGCUCGCCCACCCACGCAAACCUCACGGCGCUGACCCGCACAACCAUACUAAUGCUUCCCGCUCGUCGUCUCUCGUUUCCGCUGCCUGGUAUGCUGGAUGGCACUCGGAUGACUUUCCUCUCGCCAGCGUCAGCUGGAACAAGUACACUCAUCUCACCUACUCCUUCGCCGUCACCACUCCAGACGUGAACACCAUCUCCCUCGACGGAUCGAAUCCCGAUGUUCUGCCUCAGUUCGUGGAAACCGCCCACAACAACGGUGUCAAAGCUCUGGUGUCGGUCGGCGGCUGGACUGGCUCACUUCACUACUCGACUGCCGUUGGCAGUGCCAAAAAUCGCACAGCCUUCGUCAAAACCAUCACCGACUUCGCCACCAAGUACAAACUUGAUGGCAUCGACUUCGACUGGGAGUAUCCUGGCACACAGGGUAUCGGUUGCAAUGCUGUCAAUGCUGACGAUACGACCAACUUCCUCGCCUUCCUCCAGGAGCUUCGCGCCCACCCUGUUGGGAAACAUCUUAUCCUCACUGCUGCCACUUCUGUCUUUCCUUGGGUUGGUCCCGAUGGCAACCAGCUUAGCGACGUCUCCGGUUUCGCAAAGGAGCUCGAUUGGAUUGCCAUCAUGAACUACGACGUCUGGGGUCCUUGGAGUGCAACUACCGGUCCCAACGCCCCCCUCAACGACACCUGUGCUUCUGCCGAGAACCAGCAAGGUAGUGCAGUGAGCGCCGUCGCUCAGUGGUCCGCUGCCGGUAUUCCGACCCAUCAAAUUGUCCUUGGUGUCGCGUCUUACGGCCACUCUUUCCACGUCAACGUCAGCGAUGCGAUCGACGACAGCGGCUCUCUGAGACCCUAUGCUCCAUUCGAUGCUGCGUUGCAGCCGACUGGCGACAAAUGGGAUGAUGAUGCCGGUGUAGAUGAGUGUGGUAACGAGAGCGGUCCGGGCGGUAACUUUGACUUCUGGGGCCUCAUCGACGCCGGAUUCCUCACGCUAUCGGGUGAUCCUGCACCUCUGACUGCCUACAACUUUGACGUAUGCAGCCAAACGGCAUAUGUCUACCACGAGGAGUCUGAAGUCUUCGUCUCGUUUGACGAUGCUCGGGCCUUCACGGCGAAGGGGCAUUUUAUCAAGGAUACGAAGCUUCGCGGCUUCGCCAUAUGGGAGGCAGGCGGUGAUUUCAACGACAUCCUCCUUGACGCCAUUCGCUCGGGGGCGGGUGCAGCUUAAAGGACUCACUUGACCACCAAUCGUGAUUUGACCGUCCUCGCCCGGUAUCUGUAGUCACUAAAAUGUGAGCUUGCAUGUACGUCCUUGUGAGCGAAUGUGGGGUCCAUACUGGCAUCUCCUGUGUCACGGAAUAAAGUCGUGGUUUCUUGGUGACCUUUCUGCUUACGUGAAUUCAGAUUGCCCUACUCAGAGUGAUGAA